AAAUUGUUAAAAGUGUUUUUUUUCUAUUCUAAAAUGCCUCCGAAAAGAAAUCGCUCGAAAAGCCCACAAAAGACAAAAACAAAAAAAGCUAAACUAGCAGAAAAACAUGCUGCUAAAGUCCAACAUGAUAGAGACAUCUUAGUCGAAACCGAGCAUGACCAUAUAUAUAGAGAAAUAAAGUACGGAUCCGAGUGUGUACGGAAACAUGAGAAGAAUUGGCGAGAUCUCCUGAUCAAAAUUGCACAACCACAGAUGAGGGUAACCGUAGAAUGUGCAAUGCAUCACUUCGAACGUGCCAUUGACUCGAAAGAUUUUGAAAUAUCUUUAUUGUUAGACGAGUUGACAGCAGCGGAUACACAAUAUGUGCGUUCUGUGAGUUCACACAUCGACGAUAUUGAUCGCAUUAUUGUCUUGUGUUACGAUCAAAUCGCUGAAUUAUGGCAAGAGUCAGGAAAUAUGAUUUCGAAUCUUUACCGGGCAGCAAACCAAGAACGCUCCGAAGUGAUGCAUAUCGACAAUGAGCAUGAAAUCUACCUUCGAACAAUGCUGUUUCAAUUUGCGGAAAAUUCUCGGAAGCUAGGAAGACUCAUGCGAUACGAUUACUUAUCGCGACAAGAAGUGGAAGUCUCUAGAUUCACUGAAGAAGCCACUAAGUUCAAUGUCGAGUGGAAGGACUAUUCAUCAAAGCUCUGGGAUGAUGCCGAGGAGUUCAUGCAGAAGUACAAAAGGGAUUUUGCACGGCGCAAGAGGCAAUGCGAGGAAUUAAACAAAACCGAUGCAGAUAUGCAGAUACAGCUCGCUAUGUUACAAGAAAAAGCACGGGAAGCAUACAACACAAUGGACCAACUCAAAACAAAACAUGAGUUAAUCCAAAGUACGCUGGGUAAAAAAGUUCAAGAACUUGUUUUGGAACGAGAUUAUUACAAAAACAUCGCAAUACGCCUGAAAACAAAUGAACGAGAAGCACGAAAUAUUGAUCAAGAGAAACUUACAGCUCUAUCAUUGAUCUGUAACGAUGUUUUGGCAUUUGUGAAGGCGUGUGAAAAGCAAGGAGAGAAUUUGUUGUCAUUGUGUGGACUUUGCAGCAAAUUUGAGACUGAGAAUGAGAAAUUCCUGCGUUUUCCAACAUUUGAAAACUCCUUGCCGCAAAUUAGUGCAGAAGAAAAAAGCGGUUUAACUCUGCGACCUCCGAGACGUGUCCGUAAAAGUACGACAAUAGAUAUCCUCAGAAGGAGUUACUCUGAAGAGGUGGUAUAUUUGAACGAGUUGCAAUUGUUCUGGUUACGUUAUGGUGCUGUAGAAACACAACGAUUGCAGAUACAGGAAGAGAGCGCACGUUUACGAGAAGAAAACGAUCGUUUGAAGAAGACAGUCUUUAACUAUUGUGAAUGCUUGUCUUGUGACCAAGAUUUAGACUAUUUGUAUGUUAAUAACAGAUAUUCCAAAUAGUUAACACUAUGGUUAACUUGUUGUGGAAUAUUCAAAAUCAAUAAUAAAAAUCAAUCAAUCGAAA